AUGGCUAACCUGAGUGAAGUGAGGAUCGGCGAAAAGGAUCAAACAGCAUUGCAGUCUCCUGACGCCGAGGACAGCAAGAUGAUGGCUCCGGCUCAGCCCACCCACCAAACCUACGCCUUCCAGACGGAGAUCAAAAGAGGACGCUUCAGCAUCAUCAAGCAGUGCCGAGAGAAGCUCAGCGGGAACGCCCUGGCGGCCAAAAUAAUCCCUUACCAAGCGGAAGACAAGGAGCUGGUGCUUCAGGAGUACCAGAUCCUCAGGAAGCUUCACCACACCAACAUUGGACAACUGCAGGGGGCUUACGUCAGCCCACGCCACCUGGUCCUGAUCCUGGAGCUCUGCGUGGGCCCCGAGCUGCUUCACGCCCUGGCGGGAAGGUCCUCCUAUUCAGAGGUGGACAUCAGAGACUACCUGUGGCAGAUACUUACCGCCGUUGAGUUCCUUCAUGCUCAGAGCAUCCUGCACUUGGAUCUGAGGUCUGAAAACAUGAUUAUUACUGAACCGAACCUACUUAAACUCCUGGACUUUGGCAGUGCCCAGUUCUACUCCCCAGACAGAGCGAUCACUCUGGAGGGGUGCACAGACUAUGUGGAAACGAUGGCUUCAGAACUGCUGUCGGACAAAGGAGCAGUCCCGCAGACUGACAUCUGGGCCAUUGGCGUAACGGCAUUCAUCAU